GAAAAUAAUUAAUAAAGUUGCAAUUUUUCCACUUCUUAGCAGUGGCAAGAGCUGAAUCGUAAUCCAAUUCGCGUUCAAUCGAAGGGAAAAAGAAGGGUUUAAUCCAUGGCGGCUUCAAAGCUUCAAGCUUUGUGGAAUCACCCAGCUGGGCCCAAAACCAUUCACUUCUGGGCACCAACGUUUAAGUGGGGCAUCAGUAUAGCCAAUAUUGCUGAUUUCGCUAAACCACCGGAGAAAAUUUCUCUUCCUCAGCAAAUAGCGGUUACAGCUACUGGACUUAUCUGGUCACGUUACAGCACUGUAAUCACUCCAAAAAAUUGGAACCUUUUUAGUGUAAAUGUUGCAAUGGCAGGGACAGGCAUAUACCAGCUUUCACGCAAAGUGAAGCAUGAAUAUUUCUCUGAGAAGGAGGCUGUUGCAAAAGAAUGAUGAGGAACUAUUUGGAAAUCUGAAGUUCUUGUGUGCUUGAAGGCCAAUGUCCUGGUUGUAAUUUUCAUUAUUGGACACAAAAUGAAAUUCUUCUUUUUGGACCUGGAGUUUAUUUUGUACAUGGCAUGGUUCAAUCUGCUAAAUCAUUUCCUACUC